AUGUGUUUCGGGCCAGCAAUUUCCUCCAUGUCCCUUGGCCGGGCAUGGGUGCACGAACUGCCUCACAAGCUAGACAUGGCUGCCAAAUACGGCUUCAAGGGUAUCGAAAUCUUCUACGAGGACUUGGAGUUCUGCGCGAAGUCCUUGCCAGGAGGCAACGUGCCGGAGAACAGACUCGUAGCGGCGCGCGAGAUACGGAAACUAUGCGAUGAAAGAGAUCUGAAGGUGAUAUGCCUGCAACCGUUCAUGCAUUACGAGGGGUUGAAGGACCGAGAAAAGCACAAGGAGAGGAUCGAGGAGAUGAAGCUGUGGUUAAAGCUUGCGAAAACCCUGGGGACAGAUCAGAUUCUCAUACCUUCGAAUUUCUUGCCUACAGAAGAGAUCACAUCUGAUCUAGAUGUAAUUGUUGCAGACCUGGUUGAAGUCGCAGACUUGGGCGCAGACGUAUCACCACCGAUCCGGUUUUCAUAUGAAAGCUUGGCCUGGGGAACGUAUAUUGACACGUGGGACAAAUGCUGGGACAUUGUCAAAAGGGUCGACAGAGCCAACUUUGGUAUCUGCUUGGACACAUUCAACAUUGCUGGACGUGUCUUUGCUGAUCCCGCGGCGGUGACAGGCUGCACGACUGAUGCGGAAGAGGCCAUUAAAAAGACCAUCUCAGAACUUAUCGCGACUGUGACAACAGAGAAGGUAUUCCUGGUGCAGGUCGCCAACGCCGAAAGGCUGCCCGAACCCCUGAUUGAGGGCCACCAAUUUUACAAUCCGGAACAGCCAGCACGUAUGAGCUGGUCGAGAAACUGUCGCCUCUUCUAUGGCGAACAAGAUCGAGGUGCAUAUCUACCUGUCAAGGAGAUAUCGGAUGCCAUAAUUCAUGGCUUGGGAUACGACGGUUGGGUCAGCGCAGAACUCUUCAACAGAAGAAUGAGUGAUGCCGACACGGAGGCGCCAGAGGAAUUGGCGAAGCGAGGUGGAGAGAGCUGGAAAGAGUUUGUGAAGGACUUGAGACUUGGUGCACAUGACAAAGAUGUUCCAGAUAUCGCCAUUAUUUCAUGA